UCCAUAAGUACUUAAUGAUGCCAUGGGCCUAUGCGGGGUAAAGUGUUGUAGUUGCGAAUUCCACGACUUCAAAACCACCUUACUUCCAACCUCGUAUUAUUUUCUUCGCUUUACAGUUUUGCACAAUGUCUGCCUACCCUGCAUACACCAUGGGCGGUCUCUGUAUCGUCGGCGGCAUCACUGGGUAUGCAAGAACUCGUUCGGUUCCUUCGCUCGUUGCUGGUAUCGGUGUGGGUCUUUUGUUCCUGUGGAGUGCAGAAGUCAUCAGGAAAGGCGCGCCAAAUGGGUUGGAGGUCGCCUUAGGUGCUUCGGCCCUGCUACUGCUCUCAUCUCUUCCGCGUAUUACCAAGGGCCCGGUACCCCUUGUGCUCGCUGCAACGAGUAGUGCUGCGGGUGUAUACUAUGGCACGAAGGUGUACAACUUGCGCAACUAGCCCAUUUCCUUGUACUAGUAUCUAUUUGCGGUCUUCGCUCAAUUAUCAUCGCGUUUCCUACUUCAUAUAAGUCUUAGGAUGCUCAGUCAGCUCUGCACAAUGCUCAGCUGACAUGUCAUAGCACAGCCACUAACUUAC